CACUUAGUUAUCCACGUCCAUAUUUCCUCAUUAACCAAUAGAAAUGUAUUAUGAAACACAAUCGCAAACCUUAUUUUAUCGUCAAUCCCGAUAGCGACAACCUCAUACAUAGUAAAAAUGACUGACAGACUGCUUCUGGUAUUUUUUUUAAUAUACAAUAGUAUUUUCAUAAACGCAAAUAAAGUAUGUUUAAUCGAUAAAUAUGAGAGUGUUGAAAAUGCUACGAAAUUUUGUAAAAAUAUUGUGCUAAAUAAUUUUGUGGUACCCGGUGGACGUACUUUAAAUCUGACUUUGCUAGAAGGAUCAAUUUUGACUUUCCAAGGAAAUGUAACGUUUGAAUUUAAAAAUUGGGAAGGUCCUUUAAUCAGAAUUACUGGAAAUAACUUAACUGUUUCUGGAACACAUGGCCAUAUUAUAAACGGCCAUGGUGAACUCUACUGGGAUGGACUGGGUAGUUGGGGCUCUAUCAAACCCAGGUUAUUAUUUGUUCAAGCAAAUAACUCUUUAUUCGAGCAUCUUCACUUUCGUCAUACUCCUGUGCACGCUAUACGAAUUACAAACUCCACCAAUGUAACCUUUAGUCACAUAUUUAUCGAUAAUGCGGCCGCAAAUGUUGGCGUCGCUCCAGUAGGUCAUGAGGGGCACAACACUGAUGGUUUUGGUGUUCAACACUCCCACAAUAUCACCAUACAAGAUUCUACAAUUUAUAAUCAAGAUGACUGCGUAGUUUUAAACUCAGGUAGGAAUAUCCAUGUCACCAACUUAUUAUGCCAUGGCAGUCAUGGACUUAGUCUUUCUGUGGGACAGAGCAACUACUCUAGAGAAGCGAAUACAUUAACAGAUGUCAUUAUAGAAAACUCUGUCAUUAUAGAUGCAAUGGACGGUAUUCAUAUAAAGACCCACCCCAACGCUGCAAAAGGAAGCAUCAGAAAUAUUACCUACAGAAACAUCUUGAUGGUUGGUAGUUACCAAUAUGGAAUUGCAAUUGAACAAAACUAUACCAACACUCUCACAUCUGUAAUAGGAACCAAACCAAGUAGCAAUAUCCUUAUAGAAAAUCUGCAAUUUGAGAACAUCAAAGGGUCAGUUUUGAACACCUCGAUGCCGUAUUAUAUAGUUUGUGCAGAAGGUGGAUGUCUCAACUGGAAGUGGACUGAUAUAGACGUGUAUGGUAUUAAAAAAAGUGCCUGUGUGAAUUUCCAUCCCGACUUUCUGGAAUGUGUGGACUACAAAUUACAAUAAAAUUAGUUAUGUAUUUAUUAAGUAAAUGUGUUAGCACGUUAGAAUUAUCAGGUGACAAUUAAAGAUACGUUUUUAGUGUAA